ACAGCUGUGCGAGGGAUGUACCGUAAAAUUUUUGGGCGUGUUAACUAGCCAAGGAAAAGCGAGAAAAGUACGAAUAAUUGUACCGAAAUGAGUGGGAAAUAGUGCAGAAACUAACCCAGUAAAAAUGGUGAGGAGCACAAUUGUGGCAUCCUACUCCCUGACAUCGGGAGCCGGUGUGGGGCGUCUGGCCAUAACCAAAAAACUGGUGCUCUGGUCGGUACUCGUGCUCCAGGUGGGCUUCAUAGGUUGCAUCUGGCUGCUACAAAUGAGCCGUGGACAAGAUUCACUGCAGCGGAGUGCCCUCGAGAUUGGAGCCCGGGUACACUUUGUAACAAGCAGCGAAGCAACGAAGACCUCAUCAGAAAAGAUACCCCGUGUGAGAGGAACCCAUUGUCCCCGGCAGCAGGACAAUGUCAACCGUUAUGACAGGGACUUUUACCAAAUGAAAACGGAGAGGCUGAAUGAAUCCCACCUCCCUGACUACAACGUACCCGCCUAUGUAGACGCCGAGAUGGGUCUAACACCCGCCCUUUGGUGCUAUCGCGAGGGCACCACCAACGAGAGCCUGCGGAUUAACGAUGUUGAUUAUCUGAUGGCGCCGCCGCAGUGUAAAUGCGAAAGUGGCUGGCACGGAAAGGAUUGCGGCCAGCCGGAGAUCAUAUGGCGAGCACUAAUGACAUCCAGUCGGCCCAGCAAACGAGGCGGCAGCACACCCCUUCAGCUGGUUGAGGCCAGCUCCACUUCUCUGCACCGCCUCUUCUACAUGUUGGAACUGGGAGCCUGGGACCAUCUGAGUCUAGAGCUAUUGGAGUUGCAAAUUCGAGCCCUCAUCGAGGUGGUGGACUAUUUCCUCAUAUACUACGUAAGCAAUGGAAACAAGGAACGAAGUCUAGAGAGCAUGUUGGGCAGUCGAACUAGUUACACGCUACUUCGAUGUUCUUCCGAGUCUAACUGCAGCAGUUCAAUGGCCUACAGCCACUUCAGGCGACAGCUAUGGCAGCAAUGUGGAGUCCAAAUGCAAGCUCAGGAUCUACUUCUUCACGGAGACAGUGGAACCGUAUAUUCCCCUGCAGCACUAAAGUUUCUAAAGUACUAUGCCAAGGAUGUGCUACCGCUAAAAUUUCGGCUAAAGUACAAUGUGUACGGAUUUUACUGGCAGCACCCGAAGAAAACCCUGCUGAACGGGGUUAUAAGUUCCUUGGGGCACCUGCACAAUGCCCAACUGGAUGCCCACCGACUGCACAGAAUGGCGAGCAGCACAUUGGGUGAUCUUAACCACUAUGGUGGGUGGAACUGUGAACUAUGCCUGCCCCCUGAGCAGAUAGUGCUUCUUCUACAAAGCUCCACCUUCAAGAAGCUACCUGUAAAGCUACCCAACGAUACCCGGAAUGCGCACAUCGACGCCAACUACAUGCAACAACUAAUAGCCAACGGAGUUCACAUCGAUGGCACCACACAGCUACUUCGGCUGCGAGAGCAGAGUGAGAAAUAUUUCGCUCCGGAAGAGGCACUCCUGCAUAGCAGCCAGUACGGACAGUUGUUGGUAAAUCUGUAUGAUGUAGACAUUCUAGAGGAUCUGCAAGAAGAAGACUAACUACGCCUGCCAGAGUCUGACUUGGGCAGAGCAACCUAACGAACCAGCAUAGACCUACGAAUAUAUAUAUUUAUAUGUGCCUGCUUUCAAAUCCCCAUCAAAGUCUAACAAUCUCAUAAUCAUCAUAUCAUACUCUGCCUAAUCCAUUCAUACGCAUGCCCUUCUGUGUUUUUUGGUCAAGCGAAUUCCAAAUUUAGUAUCUUAACAGACAGGACAGACAGACCCGCCAUCUGUGAUAAGAAAAAACAGAACUAAACAAUGAAUUUAUGAGAGGAAACCGAAAUAAACAACAUAGAAAGAUCUCAAUGAGCUGAAAAAAGUUGUGAAAUGGGUUGAAAGGUAUUUAGCAUUAUUUUUAAGAUAUAUUUAUGUAAACACCAUGAUCUGUAUGAGAAAGCUUUUUAGGUUUACUUUAAAUAUUGAUAACAAAUUAUCAAAAGACAAUUUAAACGAACUUGAAUUUGGUUAAAAUUUUGAAUCGUUAUUUGUGUUAUUAAUUUAUUAUUCUAGUACCAUAAUUAUAAUUAUAAGAAAAUUUGUUAACUUGACAGAUAAAUUCAGUAUUUAAAAAAUAAAAUUUAAUAUAAAAAAAAUCAAAAAAUCGCACUCACUUGUUGAACUUCCAAAACGCAUUUAUGACAACGGCUACACCCGAUAUGGUCGACCUUGAAAUGGCGCCUACCCAUUUUAAUUAGCAGGUGCAUCAAUCAACCAAUUCAAUCUGCAAGCUUGGAAUCCGUGAAUA